GCAGGGCGCGGUACUGCUGUAGUUGACCGCCGAAAGGAGCGCAGCGAACCCGUCGCGAUGGACGGCGGGCCAUUGGCUCCGACCACAGGGGCGACAGCAAGGGUGUCAGGAGUGCCGACCCCACAAGGCGGCCCAAAGUAUCGGCCUCAGGACACCGAGCAUGGUGCCAGGGGGGGAGAGGAGGAGGGAAAAGCCGAGGAGUCCUCCAUGGCUACCGCUCCUGAACCAUCGGCAGCAGCAGCGAAGCAGGUUGCGCCGAUGCGCAACCUCUACACCGCGGCUAUGUCGUACAACGGAUACACCGUCACUGACGGCGCCUUGAGGCUCAUCGUGUUACUGCACGCGGCCGACCUCGGGUUCAACGCCAUCGAGAUCGCCUUCAUGUUCAGUGCCUACGAGGUGGCUGGGGUAUUCACCAACCUCUUCGGGGGCGUGGCUGGCAGCAAGUACGGUCUACGCUUCACGCUCUUGACAUCUCUGGUGCUUCAGAUUGUAUGCCUCUCGGCGCUCACGCAAACGGAGCCGGUACUGGGGGACUUGAAAGAGGCCACACCGGGGAACACGAGGUACCUCGAGGCUACCAUCUACAUCACCGCCUGGCAGGCGUUGGCCGGCGUUGCCAAGGACUUGAUGAAACUCACCGGCAAGGCGACGCCGAAGCUCGUUACAAAGGAAGGCGCGGAGGGGAGAUUGUUCCGGGUUGUUGCUUGGCUGACCGGCAUGAAGAACGCGCUCAAGGGGUUCGGAAGCUUCUUGGGCGCGCUCUUGGUGGCCCAGAUAGGUUACGUGAAGAGUCUGUGGAUCCUGGUCGGCAUCUGCGCCUUCUUUGUACCGGUUGGAAUUUUCGGCAUGGACAGGGGGCUCGGCGUAUCUGACGAGAGAAAGACAGACUGGAACCGCCUCUUCCGAAAGGGACGCAACGUGAACGUCCUGUCCGCGGCGAGGUUUUUCCUUUUCGGUUCCCGGGACGUGUGGUUCGAGAUCGGCCUGCCCCUGUUCCUCAGGGCGGAGCUCGGUUGGAAGCGCGAGUUGGUCGGGCUGAUAAUGGCAGGCCUGUUCGCCGUCAACUCGUCGGUGCACUCCUACCUGAUCGUCAGCUACUCCAACAAGGACAAGGUCGCCAUGGACCUCGGGUUCUACUACAUGGCCAAUGCCAUGGGCAGGCUCAUCGGUGUCCUCGUGGGCGGCUUCCUAUACCACUACACGUCGGAUGACUUCGGGCUGUCCAUGUGCCUGGUGGUAGCCUGCCCUUUCCUCGUGGCCGCUGCGGCGAUCUCCUACCACCUCCCCGGCCCGGCCACGCCUCCGUCUCCAACAACCCCGGACAUCGAGUUCAAAGCAGCGGGAGCGUGAUGAUCUCCAACGUCGCGCUUGUUGCCUCUUGUGGUAGAAGGCGUUGUUUUUCCGCAGAACAAGUCGGAAGGAUGGAUGGUGGCAGUAGGUGUGGAACCAUAGUGGCUUUAUCACGGAAUGUAGUAAUGAGCUGUAACGUCGCGCUUUCCUAUUUUGUUUCCGCUUGUGAUGGAAAGCGUUGUUUACCCACAAGAAGAAGCCGGGAUGAGGGCAAUAGGUGUGAAACCUUGGAGAUUUCGCGGAACAUGGUUAUGUAUUCCUCCUGGCCCCCCUGUUCCGCGUUGGAGCCCAACGCAUUCAUACUUCCUGGCGCCGAGGAGGCCAGUGGCUUCGUUUAUCGGGAAUAGGGGCCCGGUUUUGUCCUGACCCUGCUGCUGAGAUCGAAGAGAAAUCCAGCUCCUCCCCUAGGCCACCCUAGGCCGAAUUUGAUGAGACAGGCAGCGUCGAGGUGUGUGUACAACAACGUUCCACGUUUCGUGUGACGGUGCUGCUUGCUAAGGUUUUACUUGGGCGUAGCCCGUAGGGGGGGGUGCUCGGGCCAUCAGUCCGGUAUUGCGUGGCACGUGUUUUGUCGGUGAUUUUUGUUAGUUGUGAAGGAUCAGAGGCGAGUCGUACUCCCCCUGUACACACGCUCUUCCUAGCUCCGAACGCAAACACGGUCGGUGAUGCAUCUGUCACUUUGUCUGCAUAAGGUGAUGCACAUGUAGAGUAAACACAAAGCGAACCACGGUACGUCGAAGUUGAACCCAUGGUAUUCAUAUUUUCGGUUGCAUGUCCUGCGGUAGUGUUUGAUGUGUGUCGUUCGACGUGCGAGAGGCACGUGGUUGGGGGGCCAUUAGUGUCGAGGAUGAUGUGUCCAUCGCUGCCGUGACGUAGGUUUUCUUUCAUGUCGUGCGAGCUGUGGGGUUUCGAACACCAAGGCACGUCCCGGUAACCUAUCGCGGUACUAUUGCGGUGGUGAGAGAAAUUGAGCGUUUUGCUGCCUCAAGUGGGUUUUCUACCUCUUUCACCACCAGAACGUCUUGCUGGCAACGGUGUUUCGUGUCUGACCGUUUUGUGUCCUGUUUGAUGUCCGUUUCUACUGGUUGGAUGUUUCUUUUUUGUUCUGGCGUGUAUUCCCGUGGGACCUCUGGGACUUGGCGGUCGAUGGUGCAGGCUGGCUUCUCCGGCGACCUGUCUUGUUUCCGUUACCGUUGGAAAAUUGCAGUUUCAGUUGGUUCCAUCACGUUACCGUAUUCAAAGUCCUUACCGGAGAUGGUGUUGACGAUCUCGCUUAAGGGUCCUGUGGGAUGCUUCGCUGAGCGUGUGCGCCGCGUGAAUGAGGUUUGGUGUUCAUAGGUUGCCGUUAUUUGUAAGGCAAGCGACACCCGCCCUCCGGGAGUUUUGCGAACAGGUUCAUACUCCAGAUAUUUCCCCCAAGUUUGUCAUAAAGUUCGUUGCUGGAUGCGUGGAUACAAGCGUGCAAGCGCAGCUACUCUCAUGCGUUCCUGAGAGCAAGUAUUCGCAGCGAGCGUCUGUUGGAUCACGGAUGAAGGUUGUUAGUAUUCGGCGUCUGGAGUGUUGGUGGGAACCGUUUAGGCUUUGCAUGUACCUCGCAUGCGCGCGUCGCGCGUUGUGGCCACAUGAGUAGUUGUUUGUUUGAGCUGUGUGGUGGCGUAGUCAAAGAGAGAGAGAGAGAGAGAGAGAGAGAGANAGAGAGAGAGAGAGAGAGAGGUCCCCAGAGUCUGCCUCAUCCGUGGCCAUUAAGUGAUUUUCGUUGCGUGCUAGGGUGGGGUGUGGAGCUGAUUUUUUCAUCUGUAGACUACAUGGUAUUUUAUCUGUACACGUUUGUGUGCAGCAUUUGUGGAGAGGCUGGCAAGAGAGAGGGAGGCGGGGCUCUAGGCGUUGGGAACCAAGAGUUUAUCAGUUAACAGUUGGCUUGACCGCUGUUGGUGUUGGCCGCCGAGAUGGCCGUAGAGGUGCAGGCUACGGUAGGUUGGUCACCGACCAGUAGAAGAUUAGGGAGGAAGGUUUUGGGAGGACUAGAUCGACCUAAAGACAGCUUGUUUCUUUUUCGUCCGCGAACCCGGCUUGGUGGAUCAAUGCCCAAUACAAGCUCAAUGGGACCCACCG